CGUGUUAUGGUCACGUGACGUUCAUAGCGACAAGUACACAACCUGCAAAAGACACAACGACCACCGUGCGAAAGCAGAAUUUGUUGAAUUUUAACACGAAUUUUGGCUGGAAAAAUGGCAGAAGAGGAGUCAGAAACAACAGGAAAGAUUGGCAGCAAGCGCAUAUUUGUUAACCACGUUGAUUGUUAUCACGGCAAGAAUAUUGGGAAAUACCUGUCCAACUGCAUCGUCGGUGCGUCACUUGAAGAAAUCGAAGAAGAGGAGGAAGAUGAUGCUUCAGUCAAGAGUGAUGUUGUUGGCCCACCCAAGGAGGGCACGUACCACAUCAUUGGCUCACUCAAGAACCCCAACAAACCCAAACCUGCUUGGGUGCAAGAGAUCAUCAGUUUUCCAGAGAAAGAACAGAUGUUGGAGCAUCUUGCUGAAUGUGACGUGGUAGUCUACGACAUCAAUGAGGAUCCUAGUCAGAUAGACGAAGCCUCCUGGGCCGUUUCAGCAUUGCAUGCAGAGCUGGAGCGAUUUGAGUCCCCCAAGAUGUUUGUCCUGAUCUCCAGCAUCAUGACGUGGGCCAAGAGCAAGCCAGUAGAUCCAGACGACACCGAGAUCCCAUUUACCGAGGAGGAUUACAGACGGAGGAAGCCACACUCCAACUUCAAGGCCCACAUCAGCGCUGAGAAGCUGGUCAUCAAGUUGGGCAAGACGAACAAAGCUAAGUUUGUGACCUACGUCAUCGCCUCUGGGCUUACCUAUGGCGGAGGGGAGAAUAUAUUCCACUAUUUGUACAAGGCGGCUUGGCACGGUGAAAUUGAAGCCCUUCAGUGCUUUGGCAAUGGCAUGAACAUCCUGCCCACUAUCCAUGUCAAAGAUCUGGCUGGUGUCAUCCAAAACAUUGCCGAUGCAAGACCUAAGACCAGAUACUUACUGGCUGUAGACGAUUCUCAGAACUCACUGGAGGAGAUUGUAAAGUGCAUAAGCACCAAUCUCGGUAACGGCAAAGUCAAACACAUCACCAAGGAGGAUGCACUGCUCAGCAAGGGGCUUUCGCAACAAGACUUUGACAUGCUGCUGACCAAUCUUCGGAUGGACGGCGUGUACACCAAGGAGAACAUGAACAUCCGCUGGGUGUCAGAGAGAGGCAUCAUUGAGAACAUUCCUCAGAUCAUCCAAGAGUUUAAGGCUACGAGGGGUCUUCUGCCGAUGCGAGGUUGUGUCCUGGGCCCCCCUGCCGUGGGCAAAACCUGUGUGGUGGCUGCACUGUGCAAGCAUUAUAAACUGCACCACAUCAAGAUUAAAGACGUCAUCGAUGAAGCUAUUGAAGUUCUGGAGAAGAGUGCAGCCAGAGCCGACGCUGAUGAGAACGAAGAUGAUGACGGCAAGGCACAAGAGGACCAGGAGUUACUGGAAGCCAUCAUGGAGAGCAAGGAAUCCAAUAACGGUCGCAUCGAGGACCAGUACAUCCUUCGCUUUUACCGUGACAAGCUUCAUUCCAUGCCGUGCCAGAACCAAGGCUUUAUACUUGACGGCUUCCCUAAGACUAUGGAGCAGGCUAAGGAACUCUUUGCUGCUGAGGAUGAAGAGGAGCAAGAUGAGAACAGCAAGGUGCCCAUCUAUGACAAGACCACCAUGCCGGAGCUAGUGGCCUCCUUGGAAGCACCGGACGACUUCUUGAAGAAGCGAGUCAUGAACCUCCCUGAGAAUACGGUGGCUGGUACCCACAACAACGAGGAAGGCUUGAUCCGACGGCUGACGGAGUACCGGGCAGUCAAUGAGGAGGACACCACCGUGCUUAACUACUUUGACGAACUGGAGAUCCACCCUGAACAUAUUGACAUGACCAAGGAGGUGGACCCCAACAACGCCACCAUCGUGGAGCAGGUCGUCAAGAUCAUGGGGGAGCCCCGCAACUACGGCCCCACCUCGGAUGAAGUCGAGGAGAUGGAGCGCACCGAGACGGAGAAACGACUCAAGAAGGAGCAGGAGGAGAAAGAGGAACGAGAGAGGCAGGAGGCAGAGGAGUCAGCGCUCAGAGAUCAGAGAGAGAAGGAAUGGGCGGAGAGACUUGAGGAGGUCAAACGUCAGGAGACAGAGCAGCUAGAGAACCAGUCCAUUCCACUGCGUAACUACCUGAUGAAGCAUGUCAUGCCGUCCUUGACCCAGGGAUUGAUCGAGUGCUGUAAAGCCAGGCCAGAUGAUGCCAUCGACUUCCUGGCGGAGUAUCUGUUCCGGAACAACCCACAGGUGGAUUAGCUGCUGUUGUCCCCAGAUGCGUCUAUUUUGAAAGAUUGAAUCUGAACAGUGCAACGCAUAUAGGGAGGUCUAUAUGAACCCUAACCCCUUGAAUGAUUUACUAGGAUCCUUCCUCACUCCUGCAAAAUCCGACACCAUAUGGUAAACUCAACACCCAAACUGUUGGACUCUGAUUAUAGUGGUACGCCCGACCCCAGGUAAAGCAUAAUCAGUUUACUAGUGCAGUGCUCACUCCAACAGAAUCCAACAAACAUGCAGUUGGAUUUUGAAGGGUUGGGAGGUGUGGCAUUCACUGCCGAAUCCUGCUCUCAAAGAAAGGUCACAAAAUUAGGAAACAAAACCACGACAGAAUAUUUUGAUAUCCGAGGGUCACUUAUCUUUCAAAACCUCUGAAAAUGAUAUUUUGAAUACUAAAGGAUUUCUCUGAUUGUUUGUCUUGAUUUUUCCAGCAGUCAAACCGAUAAAGGUGGUUACAUAAUCAAGCUACUUCCAUGAAAGGCAACUUCAGGUUUUUGAUAAGAGACAUGCUGUGGUUGGUCUCAAAAUUUUCAAUUUUUCAGACAACUUUAUUUUGACACAAUUUUGCUUUAUACAUCCCAUUUGUUUUCCGAUGAAAUGCAUUUAAUCCGAUCUGAAUGGAGGAAAAUAUUGUUCAUCUUGUAAAUAUCUUGUACGUCUAAGCAGUUGUUUCUCUAUAGUUUUGAUUAUUAAUCCGUCCAAACCUCAAUAUGAGACCAUUUCUGUGUAUACUUCAAUGAGGCCGUGAGAAAGCAUCUGAUUUUUCUGAGCUUUGUAAAAAUUGUGAUUGUAAAUUUAAAAGGGUUAGCUGUUCUGGAUUUGUUAACAUCCGUUCAUUAUUUCACACAUUAAAUAAUUUUUAACUUGAAUGUCAAUUCACCAAUGUUCUAAAAUUGUACAUUUUUGUUAACACAAAAGCUGUAACUGUAAAUUAAAGGUAGCAAGUGCCUUUUUGGUUGUUCACUGUUUAAAUAAAUAAUAAAAGUUUGUCUUAAAAAAAGAGAGAAAACAAUUCACGGGCAGAAUUUUCAUCCGUCCAUUAUAUUUCAGUUACAGAUGCGUUUAUUUGAGAAUAACUUGGUUUUCAUAUCUAGAAAAAGUAUUCAUCAGACCUUGUUUAAAUUAAAAAAAAUUGCUAUUGUGAUAUCUGAAGGAUAUCUA